AGCAGCAACAAUAUGGCGACAGCCGCAGUUUCUCCCGAAUCUUUUGGACAUCUGCAGUUCGGUGCCGGCUGUCUGGAUUUCUGUUAGUAAAUAAAAGCCGGAUGUUCUGAAUGAAACUUAAAUAAAGAGGAAAUAGCUGUAGGAUGAAAACAUGGCCGCGCCCGGUCUCGCACCCCCAGGACCUGACAGCUUCAAGCAGUUCACCCCCGAGUCGCUCCGUAAUAUUGAGGAACGCCAAUUCCAGGAGAAGAUCAAGAAGAAGCCCAAGCCCAAGUCGGACAGCAGUCACCGCGAGGAAGAAGAGGAAGAACCCAUGCCCAACGGUGAUCUGGAGGCGGGGAAGUCCCUUCCCUUCAUCUACGGGGACAUCCCUAAUGGGCUGGUGGCGGUACCACUGGAGGACUUGGACCCCUAUUAUAUGAAUGAGAAAACAUUUAUAGUCCUAAACAAAGGGAAAACAAUCUUCCGCUUCCACGCCACGGAUUCCUUGUACGUCAUCAGCCCUUUUAGUCUCUUUAGGCGAAUAGCAAUUAAGAUUUUGAUACACUCGGUAUUCAGUAUGAUCAUCAUGAGCACCAUUUUGACCAACUGUGUUUUCAUGACAUUUAGUGAUCCUCCAGAAUGGAACAAGAUAGUAGAGUAUACCUUCACAGGUAUCUACACCUUUGAAUCGCUUACCAAGAUUGUGGCGCGAGGCUUUUGUAUAGACGGGUUCACUUUUCUACGAGAUCCAUGGAACUGGCUGGACUUCAUGGUGAUCUCUAUGGCAUAUGUAACAGAAUUUGUGGACCUGGGGAAUGUCUCAGCGCUGAGAACGUUCAGGGUUCUCCGAGCAUUGAAAACUAUUUCAGUCAUUCCAGGACUCAAGACCAUCGUCGGUGCUCUAGUUCAAUCGGUGAAGAAAUUGUCAGACGUUAUGAUCCUCACGGUCUUCUGUCUCAGUGUCUUCGCUUUGAUUGGACUACAGCUCUUCAUGGGCAACCUGCGGCAGAAAUGUGUCAUCUGGCCAUUCAACUCCACUGAGAACUACCUGGCCAAUGGUAGUAAGGGCUUCGACUGGAAUGAAUACAUCAUGAACGAGACCAACUUCUACUUCAUCCCUGGGCAGCUGGAUGCUCUACUGUGUGGAAACAGCUCAGACUCAGGGCGGUGCCCUGAGGGCUACAUGUGUAUGAAGGCCGGGAGAAACCCAAACUAUGGAUACACCAGCUUCGACAGCUUCGGCUGGGCCUUCCUCACUCUCUUCCGCCUCAUGACCCAAGACUUCUGGGAGAACCUCUACAUGCUGACACUGCGAGCGGCAGGGAAAACCUACAUGAUCUUCUUUGUGUUGGUGAUUUUCGUUGGAUCCUUCUACCUGGUUAAUCUGAUUCUUGCUGUGGUGGCCAUGGCCUAUGAGGAGCAGAACCAGGCGACGAUAGAGGAGGCAGAGCAGAAAGAGGCAGAGUUCAAAGCCAUGUUGGAGCAGAUCAAGAACCAGCAGGAGGAUGCACAGGCUGCUGCCAUGGCGACCUCGGCGGGCAUGGUGUCAGUGGGCGACGCGGUGGAGGGGGGUGAUGCAACGGAGGGCGGUGGUCACCUAUCACGUAGCUCCUCUGAGGCGUCCAAGCUCAGCUCCAAGAGCGCCAAGGAUCGACGCAACCGCAAGAAGAAGUCACGUCAGAAAGAGGAGGAGAAGAAAGAGAAGGGAGAGAAAGGCGAGAAGGUCGACCAUGAGAAGCAGGUUAAGUCCGAGUCGGACGAUGGCAGCAGGAGGAGCAUCUUCCAUUUCCCAGGCAACCGGCUGGGACGCAAGACGUCCAUCAUGAACCAGUCUCUCCUCUCUAUCCCGGGCUCGCCCUUCAUGUCGCGCCACAACAGCCGCAGCAGCAUCUUCAGCUUCAACAAGGGCCGCCCUCCCAAGGACGUGGGCUCGGAGAAUGAGUUUGCCGACGACGAGCACAGCACGGUGGAGGAGAGUGAGGACCGCCGGGGCUCCCUGUUCAUCCCCUACCGCCGCAGCAGCUACAGCGGAUACAGCCAGGGAUCGUCGCGCCUCAUCAACCCAUUAGCGCCCCACAUUGGAGGGAAGAGGAACAGCACGGUGGACUGCAAUGGCGUGGUGUCACUCAUCGCUCACCAGCCCGGCGGGCGCCUUCUGCCUGAGACCACAGAGAUGGAGGGGAAGAGGAAACACCCGGGCUCCCUGAUGGUGUCUGUGGACCAGCUUGGCCGCAACAAGGACCGGACCAACAGUGUGAUGAGUGUGGCCACACAUACACACUCACACACUCUGCUGGAGGAGCUAGAGGAUUCUCAAAGGGCGUGUCCGUCAUGGUGGUAUAAAUUUGCCAACCUCUUCUGUGUGUGGGACUGCUUUCCCUUCUGGCUGAAGAUCAAGUAUGUGCUCAACCUGAUCGUCAUGGACCCCUUUGUGGAUUUGGCCGUCACCAUCUGUAUCGUCCUCAACACCCUCUUCAUGGCCAUGGAGCACUACCCCAUGACUCCUCGCUUUGAUAAUACGCUGUCAGUAGGCAAUCUGGUUUUCACUGGUAUCUUUGCUGGUGAGAUGUUUGCCAAGCUGGCUGCCAUGGAUCCAUACUACUACUUCCAGGAGGGCUGGAAUUGUUUUGACAGCUUCAUCGUGACCCUCAGUUUAGUCGAGCUGGUAUUGGCUGACAUUGAGGGUCUAUCUGUGCUCAGGUCAUUCCGAUUGCUGAGAGUGUUUAAGCUGGCCAAGUCGUGGCCCACACUCAACAUGCUCAUCAAAAUCAUUCAUUCUUCUGUGGGAGCCCUGGGAAACUUGACCUUGGUGCUGGCCCUUAUCGUCUUCAUCUUCGCCGUGGUUGGCAUGCAACUGUUUGGAAAGAACUACAAGGACUGUGUUUGUAAGAUCGCUAUAAGCUGUAAGCUGCCCCGUUGGCACAUGAACGACUUCUUUCACUCAUUUCUCAUGGUGUUUCGGGUUCUGUGCGGGGAGUGGAUCGAAUCCAUGUGGGACUGCAUGGAGGUGGCCGGCCAGAACAUGUGCAUGAUCGUCUUCUUGAUGGUCAUGGUCAUAGGCAACUUGGUGGUGUUGAACCUGUUCCUUGCUUUGUUGCUGAGCUCGUUCAGCGCAGACAACCUGGCACCCUCAGACGAUGAUGGAGAACAGAACAACCUGCAAAUAGCCGUCGGUCGAAUAAAGACGGGGAUUGCCUGGGCCAAGGUUUUUGUAGCCGAGGUUAUGAAGAAGGAGGAGGAAGAAGCAGAGGAUGAGCAGAAGCAUCUUGAUGAGUUUGACGAGAAGCUUAACUGCAUCGCGAACCAGAAGGGCAUAGACAUCAACCGCGAGUUGGACUACAUCAAUGGCACUACCAGCGGUAUUGGCAGUAGCGUGGGCAAGUACAUGAUCGACGAGGACCACAUGUCCUUCAUCCACAAUCCCAACCUGACCGUGUGCGUUCCCAUUGCGGUCGGGGAGUCAGACUUCGAUAACCUCAACACCGAGGACUUCAGCAGCGAGUCGGAUGCGGAGAACAGCAAAGACCUGGAUGACACUAGCUCUUCAGAGGGCAGCACCAUAGACAUCAAGCCUGACGUGGAGGAGGUGGUGGUGGUGGAGGUUGUGGAGGAGUUCCUGGACCCAGACGCCUGCUGGACAGAUGAAUGUGUUGCCAAGUAUACGUUUUUGUACUUGCCCAUCGAUCAUGGCUGGGGGAAGCACUGGUGGUUCCUGAGGAAGACAAGCUACCUGAUCGUGGAGCAUAACUGGUUUGAGACGGUCAUCAUCUUCAUGAUCCUUCUCAGUAGCGGGGCGUUGGCCUUUGAGGAUGUGUACAUAAAUAAGAGGAAGACCAUCAAGAUCAUCCUAGAGUACGCAGACAGCGUGUUCACCUAUAUCUUCAUCCUGGAGAUGGUGCUCAAAUGGGUGGCCUAUGGCUGGGUCAAAUACUUCACCAACGCCUGGUGUUGGCUGGACUUCUUCAUUGUGGAUGUGUCUAUAAUCACUCUUAUAGCUAAUGCGAUGGGCUACUCCGAUCUAGGGCCCGUUAAAUCACUACGGACAUUGAGGGCCUUGAGGCCCCUUAGGGCCCUGUCUCGUUUUGAAGGGAUGAGGGUGGUGGUGAAUGCCUUGGUGGGAGCCAUCCCCUCCAUCAUGAAUGUGCUGCUCGUGUGCCUCAUCUUCUGGCUCAUCUUCAGUAUCAUGGGGGUAAACCUGUUUGCAGGGAAGUAUUAUUACUGCUUCAACGAGACCUCAGAGGAGAACUUUAAACCGGACGUUGUCAACAACAAGACAGAGUGCUUUGCACUAAUCAACGCAAAUUACAGUGAGGUCAGAUGGAAGAAUGUCAAGAUUAACUUUGACAAUGUGGCUGCAGGAUACCUGGCUCUUCUACAAGUGGCCACAUUUAAAGGCUGGAUGGACAUAAUGUAUGCCGCCAUUGAUUCUCGGAAGGUGGAGGACCAGCCGAUCUAUGAAGACAACAUCUACAUGUAUAUCUACUUUGUUGCCUUCAUCAUCUUUGGCUCUUUCUUUACCCUCAAUCUCUUCAUUGGUGUCAUCAUUGACAACUUUAACCAGCAAAAGAAAAAGUUUGGAGGUCAGGAUAUAUUCAUGACAGAGGAGCAGAAGAAAUACCACACUGCCAUGAAAAAACUUGGCUCAAAAAAACCACAAAAACCUAUACCAAGACCACUGAAUAACUUUCAGGGCCUGGUAUUUGACUUCGUGACGCAGCAGGUGUUUGAUAUAUCUAUUAUGAUGUUGAUCUGCCUCAACAUGGUGACCAUGAUGGUGGAGACGGACGCUCAGUCAGAAGAAACUGACAAUAUCCUCUACUGGGUCAACUUUGUCUUCAUUGUUAUUUUUACUACUGAGUUUGUGUUGAAGCUCUUUGCCCUUCGCCACUACUACUUCACCAUUGGGUGGAACAUCUUUGACGUGGUCGUGGUCAUUCUCUCAAUUGUUGGCAUGUUCCUCGCAGAAAUCAUUGAGAAGUACUUUGUCUCUCCAACCCUCUUCAGGGUGAUCCGACUGGCCCGAAUCGGCAGAAUCCUGCGUCUGAUCAAAGGGGCCAAGGGCAUUCGGACUCUACUGUUUGCUCUGAUGAUGUCACUUCCUGCCCUGUUCAACAUCGGGUUGUUACUCUUCCUGGUUAUGUUCAUCUUCUCUAUUUUUGGCAUGUCUAACUUUGGCUAUGUCAAGCAUGGGGCAGGAAUCGACGACAUGUACAACUUUGAGACAUUUGGCAACAGCAUGAUCUGCCUGUUUAUGAUCACCACUUCUGCCGGCUGGGACGGUUUGUUGUUACCAAUCCUCAACUAUCCCCCAGACUGUGACCCACAACUGGAGAACCCAGGUGCACCAAAUACGGGUGACUGCGGCAACCCCUCGGUAGGAAUUUUCUUCUUUGUCAUGUACAUUAUCGUCUCCUUCCUAAUCGUGGUCAACAUGUACAUUGCCAUCAUCCUUGAGAACUUCGGCGUUGCAACUGAAGAGAGUGCCGACCCACUCAGCGAAGACGACUUCACGACCUUCUACGAAAUAUGGGAGAAGUUCGACCCAGACGCCUCGCAGUUCAUCACCUAUGGCAAGCUUGGUGACUUUGCGGACUACCUCGAGCACCCGCUCCGCGUUCCAAAGCCCAACACCAUCGAGCUGAUCUCCAUGGACUUGCCCAUGGUGAGCGGGGACCGGAUCCACUGCCUCGACAUUCUGUUUGCAUUCACCAAGCGGGUACUAGGCGAUACCGGAGAGCUGGACAUGCUAAGGGAUCAAAUGGAACAACGCUUUAUUGCGGCGAACCCGUCCAAAGUGUCUUAUGAGCCUAUUACCACUACUCUGAGGCGCAAGCAGGAGGACGUGUCGGCCAAAAUCAUACAGCAGGCCUACCGAAACUACCUGGCUAGACGCGGCUUCAAACGCAAGCGCAGACCUGCCAGUAACAAUAAUGUGAAGAAUGGGGGGACGAAUCCGGAAAAGGAAAAGAAGGAGGGCACGCCCUCCACUGCCUCUCUCCCCUCCUAUGACAGUGUCACCAAACCUGACAAGGAAAAACAGGAUGAGAAUGAAGGAAAGGGAGGGAAGAAGGAGGGCAGAAACCAAAAAGCUGUCAGGGAAUCUAAGUGUUAGAAUAUUGGAAUAAUAAUUACAGUAAUAAUUAUAAUAAUAAUGUAACUUCAAGCAAAGCGAAAGGAAACCAUCUAACCCACAGAUGUACAGAUUAUUUAAUUUGCAAGUAAGAAAAAUAAUAAUAUUAAUACUUUUGUUUACAGACUUCAUACUAUUGAUGCAGAGGGAAGCAGCUCAGUCUCUUACAGCUUGAAGACACUUGACCUUGAUUUAAACUAAAAGGCAUACUGUGUGACAUUGUUGCAUCUAGACUACUUAACAAAAGGGAAUGAAAACAGACAAAAUAUGGAAGAAAUGUCUUUGUUUGCGAAAGGGCAGAUAGUGGGCUACACAUAAGGAACAGAACUCUUCACUAAGAGGAAUGAAUGAGAAACGCUGAUAAGGGAUUUAAUGUGUGGGAUUCCCGCCAGCAACGGAUUCCCAUGGAAAUACAGUGCUAUGUAGGAAAAACAUGGAAAUACUGCUUGACUAAUUUAGACAUUCAUGGAGGACAUUUAUGGACAUUAUCAGUCUGUAUGAACAAACAGAAGAACGGCUGAGGAGAGAAAGACAAAGCCCCAGAGUAGCCUAAUGUAAGGGUUUUUAUUUGGUUUGUUAAUGCUGAAUAUACUUGUAUCUCCACAUAAUUUGAGUGGCAAAAAAAUCAAAAAGGUACAAAACAAAAACAACGAACAUUUUCACGUAACUUUUCUUCUCAUUCUAUCUUUGUUAUAUCCACAUCAAAAGGCUUUUUCUACAUGGGCUUUCACAUCGAUUGGUUAAGGGGCUGUUUAUUAAGGAGUCAUCUUGAGCCAAGGGCUUACAUUUACUCAGUCAGAUUUCCAAACAAAUACAUAAAUAAUUGUGCUUGUUCAGUGCAUAGUAAUUACUUGCAUGAUGGCAUGUUUUGAUCAGAAAUCUUGCAUGAAUAAUCAUAGUCCACAAGACGCUAAUACUCAGACCACAACAGUGGCUCGAUCAUAGGUUUGAGGUUGUCCACUGUCAAAAAUUCUAAGUUAGAAGUAAAUCAUUAGUAUUAUGAUGAGAAACCUUGUGUCGAAUGAAUACCAACAUUGUGGGUUUUAUUAGGAGAAAUGCAAACUAAUUGUAUUGCUGCUAUGGGAUGCAGAAGAGAUGGGAUUGGAUGUCUGUGUGUAUCAUUGAGUGUAUUUGGUGGAUCGUUUUAAGAGAAGAAAAAAAAAUAAUGUACAUUUUAAAAAGCUUAUAUUUAUAAUUUGUAUGCAGCAAUAUCACUUACCUAAUUCACCAUGCCAUCUGCCUUUGUUUUGUGUUGGACGAGGGCAUUGUGGGAGUGUCUACGUUGGUAGGGAAUUGACAGGUGUAGCAAGCUAGUUUCUAUUUCUGAUUUUUCUCUAAGGCCAAUUUAGACUGUUCUACAGGGUUUGAGUGAGGAAAGAAUGUUGUAUUUCUGUUUCCAAUAACUGCUGUGUUUUAUUUCUUUACCAUGCGCUGAUUCAUUUGUACAUGUUGUGAUGGUUUACUAGUCUGUAUCAUUUUUACAUGUAUUUUCAGCCAAAACUAUGAGGGAGUUAAUAUUGGGCUAGGAGAUUAGAGAGAAACAGAAAUUGGUGUAUAGGGAUAAUAAUAUGUGGAGAAGCCAAAGAGACCUGCCUUGUUACUCAUUGUCAUCAUUUGUCCUUGGAAUGGGAGUGGGUGAACAGUGCCCCCCUGCUGCUUAUUCUGUUUUUCACUGUCAUUGUUAGACGGAGAGACCCUAAAAAUACACGCAAUGCUUGAAGAGUUCACCCCUUUAUCUCAGGAGAUAUUACACAUGUAUUAUAAUGAGCUCUGCAACUAAAUGCAAGUGAAUGUGAUGAUGAGAGUAUUUAUGAAAACACUUUUUCUUAUGAUUUUGUGUGAUGUUAUGCCACACUGUUGGACAAUGAUCUCGGCUGGCAAUAGCCCUGGCAGCCAGUCUGUCAGAGGCCACUUUCGAACUUCCUUAAAAAGACAUUAAGAAAUAUAGGGCUAGAAGCGUCUCAGUGAAACAGCAACAUUUUGCUCGCUUGUAAGGGCAGUGUUUAUAUAGGUAGCGGAUUAAAUUUGUGGUUGUGUAGCUUUGGACUUGGUCAGGUCUGAAUAAAAUAUAACAAUAAUAUUGCUCACCCCAAUAGCAAUCAGAGGUACUUAGGAAACACUGUGAGGAGAUGUCAUGAGAGGGUAUAUGGAUUUGUUUGUUUGAGCAGCACACUAAGUUCUGUCAGAGGCAAACAGUAUGUGAGCACUGGAUAGUAGGCCCCAUAAUUCAAUAUUCGUGAAAAAUGUGCUCCAAAACCCCUCAUCAGCCAUUUACUCCACUUACGUAGAACGCAUACCGCGUAACAAAUACCAAAUAAUGAACAGAGCAGACCCCAGGAAGAGUCGCUGCUGCCUUGGCAACAGCUAAUGGGGAUGCUAAUAAAAUACUAAAGGUACUGUGAGCCGUAACACAUUAACACUACACCCAAGCUUUUGCACUUUCUGUUGUGCAGUGAUGUCACUUCCUGUUUAUGAAUAAAUCCCCAAUCCCCUUCUCAA